AUGAAUGAGGAUAAUUUCACCUUAUCUACUAACUUGGCUAAAAUUAAGCAUGACCUUUGCUUAACAUUGUCUAAGUGCCAAGUUCGUGGGCUCGUUCAUAGCGCUGCUUGGCUUGCAGAGCUGUCAUUGUCAAUUCAAAAUGUGAAUCAAAAUAUGGAAUUAGACACCGAGAUAGAUGACUCUCCAGCAUCUCUAGUUGUAGCCCAAUUCGCUGGUCUCUCUUUAGAAAACUUUUCAAGUUAUAGCCUGGCAAAAUGCUACUUUGACACCCAAGAAUAUGCCAGAUGUGCUCGUGUAUUAUCAUCGGUACCGAAACGGAAAUCGUACCCUCUGAUUGAAUUUCUGUUUUUCUACUCACAAUAUAUGGGCAUAGAGAAGCAUCGUACAGAUGACGCCAUUACCAUAAGAGACAACAUCUCAAGUUCUGGGAAUGGAGGUUCUACCCCACCUUCUGAACCAUAUAGGAAAAAAUUUUCACACUUAAAAUCUGACAUGGAGUUUCAUUAUACUAAUAAACGCAUCUUUAAGAAGGACCCAGUUACUACGUUCUUAGCCUCCGAAGUCGACGUUUAUACCACCUACGUUUAUGCGCUCGUUCUCGUUCGACUAGGCUUUCAGUCUCUCGCUAUAACGGUGUUGUCCCAUAUCCUCAAAAAAGAUCCAUUAUGGUGGCCAGCAUGGUCGGAGUUAGUUGCACUCGUGGAGGAUCGUGAGCAGCUGGAUCGUCUUUUUCCUCCGCCUAAUUCCGAUAGCAUUGAUUGGAUGACGGAAUUUUUCCGUGCCAAGGCUCUUCUGCGUUUGCAGGAAUCUGAGCGAGCGCUUUCCAUUUUUAAAGCUUUGUCCAACUGCGGUUUCCAGCGUAGUCUCAACUUACAAGCUGAUAUUGCUGAGGCGCAUGAUCGUCUGCGUGAUUUAGACUCCGCAAUGGAACAGUACAAAAAGAUUUUUUCUCUUGAUCCCUGCCGACUGACGGAUACGGAUAUUUACUCGAACAUUUUAUUCGUCAAAGCUGAACACGAUGAGCUUGCCUACUUAGCUAGGCGAUGUGCUGAGAUUGAUAAAUACCGGCCGCAAACUUGUUGUGUCCUUGGAAACUUCUAUGGUCUUCGCAGUCAGCACGAUAAGGCCGUGCUUUACUUCCAACGAGCUCUACGCUUGCAGCCAAGAUAUGCCCUCGUUUGGAUUCUCAUAGGUAUUGCAACACACGUUGAUUUCUUUUAUUUACAACUACGUUCAACUAUUCUAUUCUGUUCUGCAGGUCACGAAUACGUGGAAUUACAACACUUGAAACUUGCCAUAUACGCCUAUAAUCAAGCGAUAAUCCACAAUCGACACGAUCACCGUGCGUGGUAUGGUCUGGGCCAGCUCUACGAAUUCAUCAAACAGCCAGAACACGCACUCUACUACUACCAACGGGCUCAGUACCUCUGUCCAACUGACUCGAGGAUGAUUGUGGCGCUGGGCGAAAUGUACGAAAAACUGGGCAACAUACAAGCAGCAACGAAGUGCUUCUGGCGAGCGUACUGCGUUGGCGACGUCGAGGGUGGCGCCCUCACGUCGCUGGCACGAUGUUUCGAAAAAUCGGGGGAAUUUUCUGAGGCUGCAGCCGCGCACACCCUGUUUAUCCGGCAGUGCGAAAGCCGAGGGGUGAGCAAUGAGGCCGAGUUGGGCCAGUCCUACCGUUACCUCGCCAACUACCACCUACAACAUGGUCACUACAACGACGCGGUGAUCGCGGUAAACAAGUGUCUCGAUUUUCCGGAAAUCCGCGAGGAGGCCAAGUCCCUCUGUCUCCAGUUGACUCUUCUCUCUGGGUCGGUUAGUCUGCCCGCUGAAGUCAAACCACCUGAAGUCUCUGUUACCGGCACUCCAAGCACCAAAGCACAGGAACACGCAGCCAUGGCAACGAGGUUGCGGCUCAAGGCACGUCGGCGCCUAAAGCAUCGUGGAUUGAACCCCAGUGUAGUCGAUUAUGGCGAGUCGGUUACCAUGGAGACGUCCGGCUUGCAAGAUUUUCCCAGCCAAUCGGAUGACGCCGACCUUGACUGA